UUGUAUGUCUCAGUGCGCGCGCACACGUGUAUAAAGCAGGACUAGUUGCGCUCGAGCAGAUCAUCUUCGAGUCGGUGGGAAGGAAAGAGUGUGCAUUGUCCUGCAGCUGGAAAACAUCAGGAUGUCUGUGGAAAAAAUUGAUAAAAAGAAAACUAUCGACUUGAGGAAGAAGCACAUUGGACCAUCAUGUAAGAUUUUCUUCAGUCAUGACCCCAUCAAGGUUGUGCAAGCCAAAGGCCAGUACAUGUAUGAUGAAAAAGGACAGCGCUACUUGGAUUGCAUCAACAAUGUGGCUCAUGUGGGCCACUGUCACCCGGAUGUGGUGAAAGCAGGAGCUCAGCAGAUGGAACUUCUCAACACCAACUCGCGUUUCUUGCACGACAACCUUGUGCUGUAUGCCCAGAGGCUGCAGGCCACACUGCCUGACAAGCUGUCCGUGUGCUACUUUGUCAACUCUGGAUCUGAAGCCAAUGACCUGGCCCUUCGUCUAGCGUGGCAGUACACAGGCCACAAAGAUAUCAUCACCCUCGAAAAUGCGUACCACGGCCACGUCUCAUCGCUCAUUGACAUCAGUCCGUAUAAGUUCCACCAGCUGUCAGACGCUGAGAAGAAUCAAUCUGUCCAUGUGGCUCCGAGCCCAGAUGUAUACAGAGGCAAAUACAGAGCGAACCACCCUGAUCCUGCAACAGCAUACGCAGAUGAAGUCAAAGAUAUCAUAGACAAAGCCCAUGGGAAAGGAGGCAAGAUUGCUGCUUUUAUUGCCGAGUCAUUGCAGAGUUGUGGCGGGCAGGUCAUUCCCCCCGUGGGCUACUUCCAGCAAGUGGCAGAACAUGUCCGUAAGGCAGGGGGCGUUUUCAUCGCUGAUGAAGUCCAAGUGGGCUUCGGACGUGUUGGCUCCCACUUCUGGGCCUUCCAGCUUCAGGGAGAGGACUUUGUGCCCGACAUUGUCACAAUGGGAAAGCCAAUUGGUAACGGCCACCCCAUGUCAUGUGUGGUCACUACCAAAGAGGUGGCAGAGGCCUUCAUGUCAUCUGGAAUGGAGUAUUUCAAUACAUUUGGUGGUAACCCAGUGUCAUGUGCCAUCGGUCUAGCCGUCCUAGACGUGAUUGUGAAAGAGGAUCUCCAGGGUAAUGCACUGCGUGUGGGGGGGUACCUGACCAAUCUGCUGGAAAAGCAGAAAGAGAAGCAUCCACUGGUCGGAGAUAUCAGAGGUUGCGGCCUGUUUGUUGGGGUGGAGCUCGUGAGGGACAGGUUGAAGCUCACCCCGGCUACAGCAGAAGCCCAGGAAGUCAUAUAUAAGCUAAAGGAACAACACAUCCUGCUUAGUGCUGAUGGACCUCAUCGCAAUGUGCUCAAAUUUAAGCCCCCAAUGUGCUUCAGUACGGAGGACGCUGACCUGGUGGUGGAGAAAAUCGACCACAUUCUCACAGAACUUGAAGCAGCAUUAGGCUUGAAGUCAUCCAACUUAUUGAGUGCAGAGAAUGAAAGCAGUAAAAGAAAGAUACCCACUGACGAAAACGGACAUCAGUAUCACAAUGGGUUGGUGCACAGCAGAGGGAGCGGUCAAGGAGUCCAUGAACAAACAAAACGCCUCAAGAGAUAACAGUUAAAGCACUGAAGUGGCCCAACAUGUCUCUGUGUGAUAACAGACACUGUAAACCAAAAAAAAAAGUGGUGCUUUAGCAUGUAAUCCAAUUACUGUUUUUAAAAUUAUUAAUAAUAAUGAUAUAUGCUGUAUAUCUAUGAGACUGCAGUGUCUCCUCGGGUAUUAUUUUUUUUAAAUUACACUGAGGAAUCAAGCCACUUGUUGCAUAACAUGCCAAUAUUCACUUGGCCAUGAUAUUCAGGGAUCAAAACAUGUAUAUGUCAAUAAUAUAACAUUGUCUUAAUGGCUUUCAUUUAAAUACUGCUUUACUGAUUUUAAACAUUGUCCCGAUGUAGUAUGUAAGUAAGUAUGAACAACGUAUUAUUGGUGAAUUAAUCACACUGGAUUAAGUAAAAUAUUGUAUGCGAUACUUCAUUGAUCCACAAGGGGAAUUGUGACCCUAACUUCUGCCUUGUAGGAGGACAGUUUGAAUGAAAUACAUGUGUAAUAUACACUAAAUGAAAGUGAAAAGUAGCUCUACUGAGUAUAUGCUGUUGGUUUCCCAUCUUAUCCCACUCUGCCUCUACAAACAAGCAUGGACACUGUUUGACAAGUCUGCAAUUAUUUACCAAUGUUCCCAUGUUCCUCAUUAACAGACUUGACGUGGUUUCCAAAAAGAGUUUACUUGCAUAUUGGAGCGCUCAGUAAAAGAGAGGCCCUUUUCUGUCCACAGAAAAACAAAUGUAAUGGAGUGCUGCACAUCUAUGGUGUUCAUAAAAGACCAAGAUGUUCUUUUAAGUCUCAGGAGAUGUAUAGUUGGCCAAAGUCCUGGGCCUUGCUCCAUAAUGUGGAGAGGAGCAGACAGGAGGCAAGCAGCCCACUCAACAUACAAUGUGAAAGAAGUGCCAUCCGGUACAGUUUACCAUCAACAAGCCCAGAACAAUGAAGGAAAGACUGACCAAAACAUUUGAUUUUAUAUAGAUGUUUUUGUCUCCACAGUCAUACUUUUUUGUUUAUUUAUAUUGACGGUUGGUACUUAAAUGAGGAGGAAAAAAAGGAAUACUUUGUAGGAAAAUUGGUAAGAUGAAGGCAGAGUGGAAAAAUGAAGAGAGGAACAGAAGGAAGCAAAUCUUUAUCUCCGGAGGACAAAAGAGUAGUGCAGCUUUGGUAUAGCUUCCAGUAAAACGCUAUUUUAACACCUUUUUAAAUUCCACUUGAGUUAAUGAUAUUAUAGCUAUAGCAUUAUGCUACAGAUGGAUUUAACUGAUGUGUUUAAGGCACUGCACCUUCUGAUUGUGCAAUGUUCCCUCCCUUUUUAUGAUUAGUGAUAAGCAAUACCAUUACUUCCAUUUCCUGAUUAUUUUCUGCAUUGAUUUUAGCUUCAGUUUUUGUCCUAUGUUAUAUCUCUGUAGUGUCCCAUGUACAGUAUUUGGACUGUGGGAACUAGAGUGAACUGUCUCCCAUGUGUUGCAUGAGAGAGGACAGGUGUGCUCUAUUUGAUGUCAUGAAAAGCUCUGAGAUUCUUUUUUGUUAAACAUUUGUCACGAUGAAAGCUUGGCUUUAUCAUUAAAUACUGCAUUGGACCAAAAUGUUCAAACA